UCACACAUGAAGCUACAAACUGUGCUAGCGCUGGUUGUGCUGGUUGUGCUGAGGACAACUCAUGGAAUGGAGUCCUUUUGUGAUGCUACACAGAAUGUUUCAUGUCAUGGGACUCUGGGCCAGCCUUUGUACCUACGUCUCAUCAGAACUACCACAGAUUAUGAUUUAAAUUUUGAUAGAGCAACAAAUAGAGUAACAAAUCGAAUUUUUCAAUUCAAAAGGAAUAAAUCCAUCUUUCGGGACCCUGAACGUUAUUCUGGAAGUUGGACGUUUUUCUCUGACAAUGGGACCUUGAUUAUAAACCCUGUCGAGUCGACUGAUUCAGGAACGUACAAAGUAGAGAUCUUCUUUGGAAGCGGAAUAAGGGGAGCAAAAAACUAUGUGAGGCUGAUAGUAAAUGAGACGACCCUCAUGACACAGACUAUUUCAAACAGCACACACCCCUCAAGCAUAACACAUAUCCCUCUACAUAAUGAUGCAUACCUGUCAGAAGAACAACGGAAUAUCAUCUUCACCAUAAUGGUUGUAUUGGGAUCUCUUCUGUGUUUGAUUGUGUCGGGAGGAUUAUUCUAUUACUGCACAAGAACAAAGAACACUGAUAGAGCGGCAGAGCCGGAGGAGUUGGUGUAUGCUGACGUGUCCAUACAGAGACGACAGAUGAAGCAGUUGGACCAGAGGAAGAGGCAGGAGGAGAUGGUGGAGUACGGGGAGGUGAACGUCCAGAGAGGUCACACACCUGUGGACCCCGAGCAGUGUUUUUCCCUCGCUCUGUAUGCUGAGGUGAAGACUAGACACAAUAAGCAGUAAUCUGAAAUUCACCGUGUGACCACCUCUGUGCUCUUUAUGUUGGCAAGGGUGUAACUUAAGGAUCUUCUUCCUUUUUUUUAUCUUGUAGACUGUUCCUUCACUGUCUACAGUGCCUAUUUUCACUGCUCUAGUUUUAUUAUAUGUGUUGUCAUAUUUAUCUUCAUCUUGUGAAUUCUCAUCUUUACUUAGUUCUAAAUGAUGUUUUUGUUUAUUGUUUUGUUUGGUUGUUUGCAUUCUUCUCUUGUCCCUUUUAUUGUGUUAAGUGCUCCAAAUGUAAAGCACUUUGAGCUGCAUUCUGUAUAUGAA